AUCUACAAUAUUUAGACCAUUUCACAGUUUUUAAACGUAAACAUACUUAAUGGAUCCCCAGUUUAUUUCCUGUUGCAGUGUAUGUGAAUGACAUCAGCUGACAGGAUGUAAACAUGGACCACAGCUGUUUCCUACCAACACAAUUCCAUUGCCACUCCGUUGAAAUGCGCUAAAACGGAGUGUUUCAGAGAGAGGGUUAAUACAGGUAUAUUCAGACGGACAGUACGAGAAAAAUAAUGUGUUUUUUGAACUUUAAAGCAUGUAAACAUGUUCUAGUAGAAACCCAAAAUACAAACAUGAACUUGAAAAUGAGCACGAUAUGUCCCCUUUAAAUAAGGUGACUGGCACGAAUUCUUCCAAGCAGGUAGACUACUUAACCUUAGAUGUCGUACUUUUCUUCGUUUUUCAUAAUUGGACCUUGAAUGCAGCAGCAGCACUGACUCCUGUGGAUCAGUAGUGUCUCAUGUUGUGUCUCAUCUCUCUCGGCCAGUAGAACUGUGUCCCCGCUGCGGUGCCUCUGCUGAGGAGACACUGAAAUUUGGUCAAACAGAUGGAUAAAGGGUUGAAGGUGGAUGACUGCUGACACAUCCACGCAGUCAGCGAAGGCACAGCCGGGUGACGAGCCGCAGAGCGCGGCGCAGAGCGAUGCGCGCCAGGGUCCGGCUGUAAGGCUCCUGGUUCCUAGGGCUGAACACCUGGACCACGGUGGGAUACUACAGCAUGUCUCUGCUGAAACAGCGGGGGAGAGAACUCGAGCGUUUCGACGGACUUUCUCUCAUUUACUGGACACUAAUGGGUCCAUACGGAGUAGACAGAGCUGUUCAUUCCAUGGAGUUUACAGACUGCGAGAAUGGCCUGGGAAUUAAAGUGAUCGGUGGAGUGAAAGAGCAAACCGGAGAGGAGUUUGGAGUCUACGUCAAACGGAUUUUACCAGGUGGCCUUGCAUCAAGUGAUGGAAACCUGAUGCCGGGGGACCAGAUCUUGGAGGUGAACGGGGACAGCCUAGUAGGAGUCACAAGUGAAAGGGCUGUGGACAUCUUGAGAGGCGCCUCUGCAACCAAUCUCAUGCGUCUUCUCAUUGCCAGAGAUGAGGAAGCAAAGAGAGAGUUUGCUGAGUUGCUGGAGAAGUAUGGAUCUAAUGGUAGCACGGGAUCAACGCGCAACUCUCCCAUACAGCAAGGAGGCCGCUACCUAGAUAGCACGUCAUCUGGUUCCUCCUCUCGAUCCCAGAGUCCGUUGCUGUUGAGCCCGGCGGGCUCUCAGAACAUGUACAACAAUGGGCCCAUGCUGCGCUCCCUCAGUCAUCCAGGUGAAGGAGUGAUUCAGCUCAUCUCAGUGGCGCGAUCCAGCAGUUUGGGUAUCACCAUCGGAGGAGGCUCCAACAAGCCCGACGGCCCUGCUGUCUUCAUCCAGGAGGUGCUGUCUGGAGGAGACUGUCACCGGGACGGACGUCUGAGGCCUGGAGAUCAGCUCAUUGCAGUUAACAAGGAGUCCUUGAUAGGUGUGACCCACGAGGAGGCCAAAAGCAUGCUGAACAAAGUCAAAGUCAGCCAAGAGGGUGCUGUGGAGAUAGCCUUCAUCCCAGGGAAAGGACUUUUUCCAAGCAGCACAUCUCUCCACAACGGGGUCCAGCGAGCCGCAGGCAACAGCUACAACUCUGGACGCUUAAAAGUCCACAUCAGAUCACCUGAGAUCUGUACAGAGGAGCCCGCACCAGUGUCCUCACCUUCUCCUGACAUCUGCCCACCAGAUAUUCAUAUUUCAGGUUCAACCAGCCAGAGGUCACCAACGGGGGCCAAACCUAAGAUAACACUAGACCCCUACAUACGCCUCAAGUCAGACAAGUUAGACUUGGCUUUGUCCUUCCUCGGGUUGGAUGUCACAGAAGAGAAGAGGAAGAAGUUGAGACAGAAUCUGACCACAGACCCACAAGGCACCGUGGCCUACGGAGACUUCGUGGAGGCCACCCGGAACGUUUUUCAGGAGAGCCUGGAGGAGCUGGGUUUAGGGGCGGGUCCCUUCAUGUUUUCCUAUCACGAAGCAGCUAGUUUGAUGGACACGUCUGCCUUCCACUCCCCCACAUAUGAAUCAGAAUGCAGCUACAGCAGUGAGGAGAUGGAGCAGUUUCAGACAGAGGUGAAGCAGCUGCAAACCCAGAUGAAGCAGCUCAAGGUGAUGCUGAAGGACAUGGAGCAUAGCAAGAAAAGCCUGGAGGACGAGCUGCAGAAGACCUCAGAGAAAGCAGGUUUGACCGUGGAGGAGAACACCCGUCUGAAGAGUCGUCUGCAGGUGGCGGAGGCCGAGGCGGGCGGGCGGCAGGCCAGCAGCGCCGAGCAGGACUACGAGGAGGUCAUCCAGCUGCUGGAGGCUGAGAUCAGAGACCUGAAGAACCAGCUGACCAGCAAGAGGCAAGCACGAGGAGGGGAGUCCAGCAAGGAGGACGUGCUGGAGAUGAACAAGAGGCUGACCAAUAUCGACUGCCAGCUGAGGAAGUCGGAGCUGAGCAGGAAACACCUGGAGAUCUCCAACAAGAAACUGCUGGGCUUUGCACAGAACGUCCACAAAGUGCUGACAACACCCAGCCUGUUUGGAGGAGAAGGCGGGAGCAACAGGUCAUCUCCAGCCACCGACAGCCCCGACACACCGUCACCACUUCCUGAUUCCGCCUUCCAACUGGCUGUGGAGGCCAAAGAGCUGGUGGCGGGAGUCUGCAGCCCCACUGCUGAUGACAAAGCGUCAGUGAGCGCGUUGGAGGCAGCAUCAGUCCCAGAUGCUGUGGACUCUCAUCAUAUCUGAACAGCAAAGAGCCAGAGGACUUUGAGAGGAGGACCUGGGCAGGCUGAAACCCCUCCACCCCUAGAUGGACUACACCGUAGUCAACAGACCGGACGCCAUCCAAUACACCUUCUCAAAAUAAUGACAUCACUUCAAUAAAUUCAAAUCCUCAGUCGACAGUGACAGAUAGAACACAACACAGCCGGUGUUUUAAUGCCAAAGCUUUGCUCGCACACGUCUAAUUAGUGUCUUCUUUUGAAACAUUCGACAGUCUUUACGGAGGGUUCAGCAGUGGGGGGUGGCGUGUCACGCUCAGCCGUGACCCAGCCGGACUCUCAUCAUUCGCCGAUAAUACGUGUACAGAAGUCUCUAUGAGAAGUGCUCUGCCAAAUAAAAAGGUCCGCUGGAAUUCUCUUUUGUGUUACUCUGACAGCAGGUGGUGUUGGAGGAACUGCAUGACCAAGUCCACAACACACACAUGCUGCUGUGAACCUUGUUAAUACUCCUCCCUGACCUCUUUUCUAACCCCCCUAACCACCACCCCUCCUACAUACACACACACACACACAGACUCACUCCAUGGAUUGCAUGUAUAAGAGGACUUGUUAGCUUGGAAAGGACAAUCCAGCGCUGGUCUGUCUCAGUCUUCCUCUGUGUCAUAAUAACUCGCUGCCAUCUGCCUCCGUCUGCCACAGGGGUUAUGAACUGUUGAGCAAAAGAGUAGGAAAAAAAAAACCCAACAGUGUCCCUUUUGUCCAUCUCGAUAACUCUCCUCGUGCCCUUAUUCAUUAACGGAAGGCAAAGAAUGAAGUAUUCAGAGGUACUGGACUCGUGUGGCUUCAUACUGCAUGGUUCAUGUUGACGUGUCUCCUGCAUCCAGGAGUGGCUUUAAUGUUGCUGUAUAGCUCCUGCUGUGUAAACCUGUGUUUGGUAGUCACGGAGUCUAGGCAGACAUCAGUCAUAGGCUACAUGUGGAACAUUCAUUUGAUUUAUACGGACAGCUUUUCAAAAUACUGACAUGUCCUGUACUUUAACAAGAUUUCAUCUUUGGUGUGGCCUCAUAUCUUUCUGUUACUGUUUUAUAUUAAAGGACUAACUGCUGACUGGA